GUGAACGACAAGCGCGGGAUGGAGGGACGGGCACCGCCCGCUCGCCUGCCUGACCAGUCUGCCGUGCCUCGGCAGUACGUGCGUGCGCCGGGGAUGGUCCCUCCUGGGCGCCGGCGGCGGGGCUGCACCUGCUGCCGCCGCUAUACGCAGGGGCUCUGACGACAGUCGGGGAGUCCACUGAAGAGGGACCGCGUGCCGGGCGAGGGGCGUCCCAGGAGCGAGCCAUGGGCGGUGGCAGCGGGGGGCGAGGUCUGGUGGGCGCGCUCAGCUUGUGCCUCAGCCUCUGCUCCUUGGCGCUGCUCGUCACGGCCAUCUUCAGCGACCACUGGUACGAGACCGACCCCCGGCGCCACCGCGAGAGCUGCGAGAACCGCGCCGGCAGCGCCCACUCGCCCGAGCAGCGCCACCGCCUUCUGCCGUUGCCGCACUUGCCCUUGCGAGACGCCAAGCGGCGGCUCCCGCGCGGCGGAGGCGCGGAGGCGGCUCCGUCUCCUCGGCCCACCGGCGACCUCCUGCUGCUGGACAACUGGCGAGCCCUCGUGGGGCUCGGGGUGCUGCAGUCCCGGUGCGGCCGCCCGCUCUUCGCCACUUACGCCGGCCUCUGGAGGACAUGCUACGUCCUGGGCGUCGACAGGGACCUCGACAGCUUGGUGGAGAGAGGAUCUUUCCACAGCUGCCUACCUACAGUCCUUUUUAACAGUAUCACUCAGAGAUGCACGGCAAUCAAGUACCACUUUGCUCCACUGAUGCGCUUACGCAACAUCCCAUUCAAUUUAACCAAGACUAUCCAGCAAGACGAAUGGCACCUGUUACAUCUAAGAAGAAUCACAGCAGGUUUUCUUGGGAUGGCAGCAGCUGUUCUUCUCUGUGGGUGCAUCGUAACGACAGUCAGUUUCUUUUGGGAGGAAAGCCUCACACAGCACGUUGCUGGCCUCCUUUUCCUUAUGUCAGGCAUCUUUUGCACUAUUUCUCUCUGCACUUAUGGAGCAAGUGUCUCCUAUGACCUAAACCGCUCACCCAGAUUUAUCUACGGCCUUCCUGGUGAUGUUGAACAUGGAUACAGCUGGUCUAUAUUCUGUGCUUGGUGCAGCUUAGGACUCAUCGUAGCAGCAGGAUGUCUGUGCACCACCUAUCCGUUCAUUAGCAGGACGAAGAUUAGCCAUCUAAAGUCUACCAGAGACUCUUCUGUAUGACUGCUUAUCAGGAGAUAAUCUGUCCCCCAAGAGGUGAAGAGUGGUUUUAAUGGAUUUAUAAGGGAGCUAAAUUCAUAAUUCCAAGCACAAAAAACCCUAAUCCCUUAAAUACCAAACAUUGUGUCUUACUAGCUAGGAAAUACAGAGGAGUUCUUCUCUACCUUCACGGUGGCUGAAAUAAAAUGUUCAGGCAACCAAA